AUGCACGGCCUGGUGCUGGCGCUGCUGCUGCUCGCGGCCUGGAUGCCGGCGGCCUCAGCUGCGCACUACGUUGUGUGCACGGCUGACAACCCGCCCAUGUCUACCUGCAACAUCACUGCCAACCCGUCCACCUAUUCUGGCUUCGAUGUCGAGCUGUUCCGAAGUGCUGCACAGCUGAUGGGGUGGACGGAGAGCGAGGGGGGCGAGGCCAGCAACGCCUCCCAGCCCCAAGGCGGCGACACCUUUGAGCUUGUGUGCCGCCCCUUCUCCGACGUGGUCGCCGACCUGACCGCCCCCGGCGGCACCUGCACGCUGGCGGCCGCCGGCAUCACCAUCAGCAGCGAGCGGGAGGACAGGGGGAUCAAGUUCUCCUUCCCCACCUACCACUCCUCGUUGGCCAUCAUGGUGUAUGCCGAGGAGAAGCAGGACACCGGCUGGUUCUUCCUGCGCCCCUUUGACUGGACAGUGUGGCUGGCCAUCGCUCUGACGGUGGCGGCCAUCCCCGCCAUUACGUUUGUCACUGAGUUCAUAUCAAUAGAGGGCAGGAUACAGCAGCGAGACGUGGUGCCGGGCAUGAAGGAGGCCUCUUGGAGGAGCUUGUGGACAAUGAUGCUGCUGGAGCCGUUCCAGGUCACGGCCAUCUCCUCCCGCGUCAUUGCAGUCAUUUACGGCUUCCUGGCCACGGUGCUGGUCAACACAUACUGCGCCAACCUGACGGCGGCGCUGACGGUGAGCCAGCUGGCGACUAGCAUCCAGAGCGUGGAAGACCUGCGAGGCAAGGCGGUCGGCACCGUGGCUGUCUACGUGUCACGCCUGGCCAAGCUGGGCAUUGCAGCGGCAGAGAUCCCCUUUGACAGCAUCGAGUCGGCGCUGAACGUCUGGGUGCCCAUGCUGCAGCAGGGGACGCUUGUGGCCACGGCAGUGGAUGAGCCGAUCCAGCAGUUUGUGGCGGCGCUGGGCGGGUGCAGCCUGCGCCUGGUCGACACCUUUGCACCGUUUGAUUUCGGCGCCGCAUUCAGGGUAGGCACCAACCAAUCCUUCAUUGAUGCCCUGGACGACAAGCUGCUGGUGCUCCAGGAGGACGGUACGGCUGAGGAGCUGCGCACGACAUUCAUCGCCAUCCCCCGCACCGAGUGCGCCAGCAACGUGGAUGAGAGCACGUCCAUCACCUUCAGCCAGGUUGCAGGCCUGUGGAUCGUGCUGGCUGCUGGGGUUGGCCUGGCGCUGAUCUGGCUGCUGGGCUUGCGGCUAUGGCAACAGUCCUCUAGGCGCCACUCGUUUAAGGCGGGCGUGGCCUUCCGCCAGACCGUGUCCAUCUACGGCGCCCAGAUUGCCGCUGCACGGCGGGACCUCGAGGCUGCUGCGCUGGAAGAGGCCGGAAGGGCUGGUAGCGGCCUGACCUUGGAUGGUAGCGGCUCGGCGCCGGCGGCUGGGCACGAGGCCCCCGGCAGCCCGAUGGCACGGGUCCUGCCUGAGGACCAAAGCGUGGCGCAGCUGCUGGCGCAUGUGCGCCAGCUGUGCGACAGGAUGGAAGCGCAUGCCGAGACUUCCUACAUGGAAGGCGGGCAGCGCAUUGUGGAUGAGCGCAUAGAGGAGGUGCCCGAGCUGGACUGA